AUGGGAGCUGAGCUUGGAGGCGCAGCUGGCCAAGAUGAAAUCCUGAAUAUAUUCAACCUUGGAGAGGCUGCGCUACCUCUUCGUCUCAAAGAUGACACUUCACCCCAUUCCAUCCCCGAUGAAAUAUUGAAAAAUUUUAGAGUCUUACAAGACGCUGGAUACGACUGGAACAACGAACAGUACUGCAGAUUGCGAGCAGAGCUUGUCAUGAUACCUGCAUGGGUUCAGGCACGACGUAAUGCAAACGUCCCUUUGCGGUCAUCCACUAGAGGCGCUCCCAAGAAAGAACAUCCUGCCUCCAUGACACCGAUGAGACGUGAUACUGAUGCUGAGGCCCCUCGACGAGAUCCGAACAUGUUUCACGAAUAUGAUUUGCGAGCUGAGAUCAAUCUCCCGGUCUCUGGUGUUCCCUAUGUGUUCACUGGUCGCGCUGACUGGGCAGCGGGGCACACUGGUCGUGGGUUUUCAGACUCCGUCUUGGUUUGUGUCGAGGCUCAGAAGAAAGAAACCCUUGGGAAUGCUGAGCUGCAGUUGACUGACUGCCUUUUGACCUCAGACGGCACGCUACACUCUAGCAAAACUUAUGAUACUGUGGAUGAGAAGGAUCUUGAGAUUGUGUAUAAUUUCACGGUCCAUCAAGUGGAAACUGCAAUUAAUUUGUCUCCGGCAAGCACACCAGCCAAAGAAUCACGCACGGAAAAGGAAGAGGCGGUUAAGACUUAUGCACAAGACACAUUUUGGGAGAUAUUCGAGCCACCUCGGUACUGCCCAGACGGCGAAGAAGAAGAAGAACGGCCAGAUUUAGAUCUCGAUCCCUUUUCAUUGCAAGAGAGGCAUGCUGAAGUGAACUUUAUCUUUUCCUUUCUCACUUUACAGACCUGCAUCAUCUACAGCGAUUGA